AUGACAGGAAUCCCAGCCAGUUGCAAUCAAUGGUAUACCGUUCAGAAAGGUGAUACCUGCUAUGCAGUUGAGAAGGCCUUUGGGCUCACCCCUCAGCAAUUUCAGCAGUGGAAUCCGGCUGUUUCCUUGGACUGUCAGGGCAACUUCUGGCCCGGAUAUGCAUAUUGUGUGGGCAUAGGAACUACUUCAGCCUCCACCGGUGAUCCGACUCCCCAUGGCUCAACCAUGACAGGGGCCCCGGCCAAUUGCAAUCGAUGGUACACUGUUCACCAGGGUGAUACCUGCUAUGCGGUUGAGAAAGCAUUCGGGCUCACCCCUCAGCAAUUCCAACAGUGGAAUCCAGCUGUUUCUUUGGACUGUACGGUGAACUUCUGGCCGGGAUAUGCAUAUUGUGUGGGUGUUGGACCGGUGAUAUCGACCUCAACUAGCUCCACAGCUGGGCCCCCUACUUCCUCUACUAGUACUUCCGCAACGCUCCCUCCCUCGAUCACCACAACUCUCCCAAGCACAACGGGAACCACUAACACGACCUACUCUGUCCGCAAUCCAAUCACCUCCUAUAACGUGACCACGUCAACUAUUGAUGACCAGUGGCCUCCAACCAAAACCCAGGCCGGCCAGCCCACAGACUGCGAUAAAUGGCAUCUAGUCGGGGCAGGUGACACCUGUGACAGGAUCUUCCAGCGCUACCGCAACACCAUCACCAAAGAGGAGCUUCUGCAAUGGAACCCCCAGCUCAAGGCAGAUUGUGAUUACCCCUUCACCGGCUACUGGGUGUGUGUGGGCAUCAAACGUCCAGCCCUAACUCUGGUCUAUCCCACCGGCACGGACCCGGUCUCCAUCCCCGAUCCCACUCCUUGGACUCCCCGUCCCAUUCCAACGGACAACUCCACGACAGUCUAUCCUCCCACUCACACCCAGCCGGGUCUCGCCCCGAGCUGUUCGAUCUUCUACGAAGCCAAACCUUCCGAUAGCUGCACAGAGAUCCUCUCCAACAAUCCUCUCCUCGUGCCCGCUCUUCUUUACGACUGGAACCCAGCCCUUCACCCCGACUGCUCCGGUCUUCAGCCGGGCUACUUCUACUGCAUCGCAGCCUACAACAGCUCGACCCUUCCUUUUCCACCUACAGUCACAAACCAGCCCUACCCAACAAAGCCGUACACUGGUAAGAACUGCACAGGCUGGUACCUAAAGGAGGACGGGGAUACCUGUUCCCUGAUCUUGGAUAUGUUCGGCACGUUCGAUCAGGCACAGUUCGUGGCGUGGAACCCGGAUGUUGGGAAAGACUGUAUCGCUCUCGAGAACGGUUACUACUACUGCAUCUCCGACGCCAACACCCCCACCACCCGCAUCCGACCUAUCCCUACAACGCCCAUUCCUACAGCCUUCCCCAGUCAAGCCGGCGUGAAUAAAGCAUGCAACAAGUGGUGGCUAGUUUCAUUAUCCAACACAUGUUUCCUCAUCGCCCAUAACAACGGCAUCACAAUGGAGGAGCUCUUAGACUGGAACCCGGAUAUCUCAGGGAAAAGAACCUGUGAUGAGGGAUUAGUUCCAGACACGGAGAUCUGCGUGGGAGUUUCGAUUCGGUCGACCACCACGGAUGCUGACCCUACUGAGUCGACUCCAGUGAGUGAAAGUGAUGUUGCGCCUGUGACUGCGACACCCGAGGCAAGCUCAUCUGCAAUGAUGCCACUAGGUAGUUCGUCCCGUCGCCUGUGGUGAUAACUACCCCUUAUCCGGUUUCAUCGUUACUGCAGGCGGCGGUAAGACUACUGGGUCUGUAGGGUUUAUGGUGGAUUUUUGCG